AUGUUUCAGGUAAUCCAGUCUGAGAAGCCUCUGUACGUGCAGGCGGGGAACUGCGUGGAGACCAACAGCUGGAUCGAGGUACUGAGUCAGGUCAGCCGCUGUAACCCGGGACGGCUCAGCACGUUUCACCCGUCUGCUUACGUGGGUGGAUCCUGGUUAUGCUGUAAGGAACUCAAUGAGAACACCCCUGGCUGCAAACCCUGCACUGCGACAGUGUUGGCUAAUAUUCAACUGGACAUCGACUGUGACAGAGAAACAGAACGAAUCUUCUCCUUCUUCUCCUCCAACCGCUCCAGACUACAGAAGAUGGAGGAUGCCUGUGCCGGUAUGUCAGUGUAUCUUGGGCAGCAGGAGGAGUGUUCAGCCUUCACCAUACAGGACCCUAAAGAGACCUUCCGUACUAUUAAAGAGCUCGGAGAAGUACUGGACGAUCUGCAGGCUCAACACGACUCAAAGGGAGCACUAACUGAUGAACCAGGCACUAUGGAGAAUCCUAUAGUUGGAAAGACAGCGUAACAUUGUGACUGCAGGACCAGGUGGUACUGACACAGCCACACAAGCAGAGGGCGCUGUGUUUGUCGACAUAGAGGAGCACAACAGCGCUCUGAUUAUGCUCAGAGAAGUGCUGCCGUUCCACAUGUGACCGAGCCUGUCUGGAGUUACAGUGUACUUAGAAGAAUUUGGCCAGUCAGGAGUCCAGUGGUGUAUCCGUGAGUUGCUAUCAUUGGAAAAAUCUAGCUCUUUUCUCUGUGUGCUCUGUCUUCUAUCAGUUUUUAAGAUCGUUUCGAAACCUCAAUCGCCAGUCCGCACAGUAAGAAAAGAUUGCAAUCACCUCUUAUCCCAUUCCUAAACAGGCUGUGAAAGUCCAGACACCAGAGUUUGUCUGAGAAAUUAUAGCUGCUAAAAUAGUCUUUGAAAGAACUCAACCUUCACAUAUUUCUUUAUUAACCGUCAGUUUUUCAGACUACUGGUCGUCUGAUGUUUUGACAAGUAAAAUAACCAUGUCUUAAAGGGAAUCUUCGUUGUUCUUUAUAGUUAUAGUAUCAUCCCUCUCACCCAUCCCUUUGAGUGUGUGCAUGGUUUUCUAUCUGUAGUGGAUAGAAUUAAUCUGCCUUAUACUUACAAUCCCACACUUGUGUAUGAAUUAGGGACUAAUGCAGAAGCACUUUAGAUAUUUGGAAUAUUCCAGAUGAAAUUGUUUUAGAUACGUCGUAUCAACCUUUUUUCCCGAUAUUGAUCAGUUACAUGAUCAACUCUUGUGUAAUGUUCUGUAGAUAACGUUCAUAUCCUGUAGAUUUUUACUAGCUAUUUUUCUUACGCCAAAGAUGUUGUUUUGUAGGUUUUCAUGACUUGAAAAUGGUAUACAUGUAGUUUUUUUUUUAAAUACAGAACUUUUAAAAAAGGAAAAUGGCUAUCUAUAUUUCAUGGACGUACAUUUUGGGAGCGUCAAACAUUUUGAUAAACACGAAGAAGAUUUCAUUCAAUCAAUCUUUGUCAUUUUUUCCCCAUACAAACAAUGACAAAUGUUUGGAUAUUUUAUAGUAUGCUAUGUUCCAAAAACCUAGUGAGCUGCCUACAAAAGAUGGCAUUUUAAGGCACCAAAAUUGUGCUCACAAAACAAAGGCUGUUCAGCAAAAUCAAAUUAUGGAAGGUCUGCCUCCUUUGCAGAGAUUGCAUUCCCAUAAUGCACUGCAACAAACUCAGUGGGUAAAAAAACAAUCCUAUAGGCAUUUGAGAAAAUGCUUUAGUUUUAUGCUAUACUAAAAAGCACGGAUAAAAUAGAAACACAUUUCUCAAUAGUGGUAUAUGCCAUUUUGCUUGAGUAUUGAGCUGUUAGCUUAGCAACAUGCUAAUAGCAAAGUCUAAUUGGAAUCAGUUGGAAUCGGAUUUAAUGCUAUUUGUGUGACUUGCAACAGACCGUUUGGCAGCUCACUAGUGUUUUGAAUGGAGCAAAAAACGUAGAUUGUUUAGUAAGAAUUCUGUUUGGCAAGUAACAAUCACCUGCAUCAUGUUUGUUGUGUCGCAGUUGUGUUGUAGUUAUGUGGUGGAAUUAUCAUGUCAUUUCCUGAUAGCCACCUGCUGUUUAUUACAGGUCUACCGUUCAUGGUUUUGUUUUAAAUGUCCCCAUUCUCAACUCUACAGAAGGGUUUUCUGUGUCUUUGCUGUAACAUUGGAGACUGUUAUGUUCUGCUUGGCAUACUUGUGUUUUGCAUAUAUUGUUAGUAGUCUAAUCCGUGAUUCUCAACUGGAAGGUUAAAAAUGUUCCACAAGUCAAAAAUAUUCUGCAAGGGCCAUGGACUUAAAUGAAUAUACAAUGUGAAAUGCAAGCAAUAAAAUGCACUAACCAUAUAAUAGUGAGUAGUUGAGAUUAGGGUUGCAAAAAGAAGGAAAAUUUAUAGUAAAUUUCAGAAACUUUCCAGGAUUUUUUGAAAUAUUCCAGGGAUGUUUGGAAUUUUACCGGAAAUGUUCCACCUCUAGUUGAGAUAGCAAAAUAAAAAAAGGCUUAACUUUCAAACUUAAAAAUAACACCCUAUGUAAUGAUGUUACAAAUACAUAGGAAUGAGAAUUUAAACAAUUUAGAUCUAUUGGUCUGUAAUUAUGAAGAACAUUUUACUUUCAAACCUUGGAGUAUUUCACAAUAGCAUCACUUUUAUGUCAUUGUGUGCCCAGUGCACACUGUAUGACUUUGUCCACAAAUUCCCUUCUGAAACCAAUUUCUGGGAUUGAAAAGGAUGAUUACUGUCGUAGGGCAAAAUCACGAGCCUCUGAUUGCCUUUAAUGGCUCGCGUGCA